AUGGAGAUAAUUUUGGGAGGCCAUUUGCAACAGUAUCUGCACUAUAAUCCCUCCGCGCCGUCUGAUUUAAAGCGGCUGGCAAAAGACGUUCGGACAUACGUGAAAGAUGUACAAGAUGCCGAUAUGGAAGUUUUUAUUGGCCAUCCAGUGAACUCGUAUUUACUUAUAUGGCGGUUUUUAAGGGAGUGGAGUAAUGUUGGCAACAAAUUAGAUGUGACUAAUCCCACUGGAAAAGAACUUCGUGAAAUCAUCGAUGAAUACAACUCGUCAUUUCCCGAUUUAAAGGACUUGCAAGGUUGCGCCUUAGCAAUUUUGCGGCUUCAAGACGUCUACCACAUCAGCGCCGAGAAAAUUGCAGACGGCAGAUUAUCUGACAAAGUUCUGAGCCCCAGGAUGAGAACAGCUCAUUGCCUGGAGCUAGGUCACAUCAAUCAUCAUUGGAAAAAUUACGAGCAGGCGUAUGGAUGGUUUAUGGAAGCCUGGAAACGAAUGAGCUCACUAGACAAAAGCAGCGGAAUUCAAAACAGGGACGUGCUUCAGUAUUUGAUUUGGGCGGAGUAUAAGACAGGUAGAAUCGAAGGCGCUCUUUAUCACACUAAUCUCUUGCUCGAGGAAGAUCCAAAUGAUAAAGAAGCGAAACAGGGCAAAGAAUUCUAUGAGAGUAGACUUAAAAUGAUGCAAGAAGGAAAUUACAUUGAAGAAGAGGAGGAAAAUGACGCGGAAAAUGGCGAGGAAAAUGACGAGGAAACUGGGUCUGAAGAACCUAAGAAAGCUCCGCCAAAAGAGGAAUUUAUGUAUCAUUACGAGCGCCUGUGCAGAGGAGAGUCCAAUAAGAGCCAGGCUGAGAUGGACAAGUUAACAUGCUAUUAUUACAACAAACAUCCACUAUUGGUUCUUAACCCUGCCAAAAUAGAAAUGGCCAAUUUGAAACCAAACAUAUAUCUCCUUCAUGAUAUUAUCAGAGAUGAAGAUAUGGAAUUUAUCAAGGAAAGUGCAGCUCCAAGGCUUCAAAGAGCUACAGUUACCAACAGAUUCACUGGAAAUCUUGAAUUUGCUGAUUACAGGAUAAGUAAGAGUGCCUGGUUGGAGGAUUCUGAAGGAGAAGCCAUCAGAAGAUUGAAUAAAAAAUUGAAAGCCAUUACUGGUCUGUCAACAGCCAGGGAGCAUAGUGAAGCAUUACAGGUCGUUAACUACGGUAUAGCUGGUCAAUACGAACCACACUUGGAUCACGCACUGUCAAAGAAUUCAGCCAUCUUGAGGAUGGGCAAGCGUAAUAGAAUUGCCACUGUCUUAAUAUAUAUGAGUGACGUGGAGGCAGGAGGUUCCACCGUCUUUUUGGAUGCAGAAACAAUUAUUCCAACUAAAAAGGGUACUGCAGCGUUUUGGUUCAACCUUCUCAAAUCGGGUGAAUCAGAUGCAAAAACACGGCACGCGGGUUGUCCAGUCAUCGUAGGAUCCAAAUGGGUUUCCAACAAGUGGAUUCAUGAGGACGGACAAGAAUUUCGUCGACCCUGUGGCUUAUCUCAGGAUGAAUAG